AUGGCGUUCGCGCGCAGGUUAGCGAUCCUCCCAGGAGGCUUAGGCGGACUUGGGUCAAGCAUAGGCAAGAAACUGCGGCAGCAAGGCGUCCGUCUCGCCAUUCUAUAUGCUCCAUUCGAGGCGGCUCGUCGGGACCAGCUACUUGAAGAGGGCUAUGGCGGCUCUAGCGUGAAUGACAUCGACACAUAUGAAUGUGAUAUCACGUCCCCUGAUUCUGUUCAAUCUGCAUUUCUCUCGCUGCAAAAAGACAUGAUUGCGCCGGAUUCGUCGACCUGGACGGAGAGCGCGUUCCCCAGUAUCCUGAUUAACACGGCAGGUUAUGUGUCUCUGAGCGACAUGGAAAGCACACCUCCCGAGGAGACGAUGAAGCAUCUGACCACGAAUGUGUUCGGCCCAAUGCUCUGCUCGCAGGCAUUCGCGAACCUGUUACUUUGCCGCGUCGAAAGUCGCGGGCCCUCCGCUGCCGGGCAGGAUCGUCAGCAUUUCUUCCCAGGCGGCACACGUGGCGCUACACCGGCACGGUGCGUAUUGCGCCUCCAAAGCCGGGGAAGUCGUGGAAUCACCGCGAAUACCGUCAGCCCCACGGUUGCCUGGACGGCUCUGGGCCAGAAGGCGUGGGGAGAAGAUUCGGUGCGAGAGACCUUCUUAAAGAACAUCCCGACCGGCAAAUUCGCCCUUCCUGAUGAAGUUGCAGAUGCGGUCGUAUUCCUGUGCCAAGAUUCGAGCGGCAUGAUCAACGGUGCAGAUAUACGAGUCGAUGGCGGCUUCACUAUUCGGUAG